GGCAUGCAUUAUUUGAAAAAAAUUAGGAGUUCGGUUCGAGUUUUGGAGAUUGUGGUUGUAAUCCAAGAAUAUCGAGUGGGAUAUAAAGUUGUUUCGAUCAACGUCUGUAAAACUUUAACCGGAAAGUGAUUAUGGGGAAUCCUUCUACUACAGAACACUGUAGUUCUGAUUUUCUCCUGACUUCUGCAUUGAGAUAAAAAUGGCUCUUACUUAAAAGAGAGCCCAUUGAUUAGUUGAGCGCGAAAUCUCACGGAAAGCCUCGACUUGGCGCGCUGAAAUAUCAACUGGGUCGUCAUCCCUUCGCUUCUCCUCUCCAUUCGUCGAUUCUAACCAUUCGAUUGUUGAGUUUGAGUGAAUUCCCAAUGAGCCUGAGAUUGAGAACGCUGUCUGUAAAUCCGACAAGCCCCGCAAAUCCUGAGAAUGACACGGCGGGGAAGCAGACAAGGUUUGAUCUUGGAAACGGAAGCGAGGUCCUCUACGUGCCCCGGUUCUUGCCGAGCGAUAAAUCAUGGGAACUCUUCGAUUACCUCGACAGCCACAUUCCCUGGACCCGACCCACCAUACGGGUCUUCGGCCGCUCCUGCGUUCAGCCGAGGGACACCUGUUACGUAGCGAGCGCAGGCCUCCCCGACUUGGUUUACAGUGGAUAUUCGCCCCGUGCCUAUUUGUGGGACGAAUUCCCUCCACUUAAGGAGAUCUUGGAGAUGGUUCACAAGGCGCUUCCUGGGAAUAGAUUCAAUAGCUUGCUGCUGAAUCGGUAUAAAGGUGGGAAUGACUAUGUGGGUUGGCAUUCUGACGAUGAGAAGCUUUAUGGCUCAGCUCCUGAAAUCGCCUCAGUCUCCUUCGGUUGUGAACGCGAGUUCUUUCUGAAGAAGAAACCGAGUAAAAUUUCUCAUGAUUCCUUUGAGCAGCUGUUCGAACCGAUGGCGAGCCUGCAAGCAAGAGAGCAAGGAAGAACACUGAUUCAGAUCAGCGAUCAUUCAUGCUAAAACACGGCUCGAUGCUGGUGAUGAGAGGCUACACGCAGAGGGACUGGAUCCACUCUGUUCCUAAACGUGCCAAAGUGGAAGCCGUCCGAAUUAACCUGACCUUUAGGCAUGUCCUUUCGUAGCUGUCCUCUUGCUUCAAUCAUAUGAGACUUCUCGGCAUGUCCUUGAGUGGACUUACGGAUAUAGAUAUGGAAAACUUGAGUCACAGACAGAUAUGCAUAAGCAGCUUUGGUUUAUGAUCUGAAGAAGCAGUGAUUCUGCAGAAUAUGAUAUGGUCGAUGUAUCCUGCUUCCCUUGAAUGUGUAUACAUGGGGACCUCCAACCAUGUUAUGCAAAUGGACUGCUCGGUUUGAAUCGACGAGAGGAUGAAUUUGCAGCAGCUUUGAUCUAAUUUCGACAAAUGUUAUGUUCGAGCAUGGACUGCUUCGCGCACUCUCUUCGUACAGUUCGUGCUUAAGUUUUCCCAUAGCGCUAUCGAUUGUUUCAUGAGUUAUGUUGCUGAUGGAAAAUGAAACUAUUGCGAAGAAAAUUUCGAUUUCACGGCAAAUAGAUUGUUAAUUAAUAGUUGAGAUAUAAAAUAAGUAGA